UCGUUUCCUCUAGUAAACACAAUUCUGUUUGAAGGAGGUCAACGCCUAUCAAGGUUCAAUUAACUUAUCGGAACGACACACCCCCCUGCAGUACAAGCCAAGAGGGGAGGGAUCAGAUAAAAAAAGCUCUGGAUUAUACGAUUCACUCCUUUUGCAAAGUAGCUCGGAAAUCCAGGGAUUUACUCGUCAUUUGAUGUAAUUCCAAAUUAGUGUACAACAUGAAAACAUUGACAAAAAUCCUGCUAGCAAGUAUUGCUGUUGCAUUCCUUGCUGUCAAAUGGACUGCACCCACUUUCAAAGCAGAAUCCCUCCGAGGUGCCAAGGUCUUGGUGACUGGCGCCAGCUCUGGCAUUGGUGAACAAAUGGCCUAUCACUACGCCACCUUUGGUGCCCAGAUUGUUAUUACAGCUAGGAGAGAAAAAGUCUUACAGCAGGUGGUGGAAAAGUGCCUGAGCUUAGGAGCCCAGAAGGCCGUGUACAUGGCAGCGGAUAUGUCUAGUGAAUCAGACCCAGACAGAGUGGUAGAGUUCGCUGUGGAGCAGUUAGGAGGUCUAGAUUACCUCGUUCUCAACCACAUUGGUCCGAGUCCCUUCAGCAUGUGGGAGGGAGAUGUACAGCACCUUCUGUGGCUGAUGAAGGUCAACUUCCUGAGUUAUGCUCAGAUGGCCUGGAAAGGUCUCCCUUUCCUGGAGCAAAAUAAAGGCAAGCUUGUGGUCGUUUCAUCUCUUUUAGGUAAAAUGACCAGUCCUUUUGUGGCUCCAUACACCUCAACCAAAUUUGCAUUGAAUGGCUUCUUUGGGACUUUACGUCAUGAGCUGGCCCUGAAGAAGAGCAAUGUAUCCAUCUCCAUAUGCACACUGGGCCUCAUUGACACUGACGCAGCCAUGGAGAAAGUCAAGGGUGUCACUAAUAUGCCAGCCUACCCCGCCAGUGAAGCAGCAUUGAAAAUCAUCAUGACAGGAGCUACUGGAGAGCGGGAGCUGUUCUACCCGUGGUACACCUACAUCGUCACACUUACUAAAGACUUCUUCCCCUCCAUCAGCGACUAUGUAAUACAAAGCUCCUACAACAAUAUCCCAUAAAAACAUGGAAUGAGUGUGUACUUUGACUUGAUAUCUAGAGGGGACCUAUUAUGCUAAUUUUUUGGCUCUUUGUAUUGAGUUGUGGACUGCCAUUGAGCAUCUACAAACGAUGACCAGCACAGAAAGCUUUCUAGUUCUUCCAGAAUCUGCACCUAUUCAGCUGUAUUUCUUCUGAUUUUAUGUUUCCCGCGAAAACGGUCUGUUUUAAUUUAUUCCACCAAUGGCCCGCCUAAAGGCACACCCACUCUGCUGUGGUUGGUCACACUUCCGAGUGCUUAGAAGGAUAGCCGAUUUGUGCUACUAGCUGCAAAACUAACUUUAUAGGAGUUGAUAAUAAAUUGUGAUGUGUCUUUUUAACCUGCUUUUAACAUAUAUGUGUUGGAUCCCGAAUCCGAUCCGUAAAUACCGACUGGACAGUCCGGAGUUUCUCAGGAAAUAGGUUACUUCAGGACAUCUUUCGGAAUUGUAAACAAAUGUGGCUUUCCCUUAUGAGCCAUUGCUAGCAACAUAAACAGAGAAGCAGAGCUUGGGGGAUGGCAGAGAGCUAUCUGACUUACAGCCAUGCCCAUAUAAGGAAGUACUCUUUCUUUUUUUUAUGUUUGUCACACUUAAAUGUUUCAAAUCAUCAAACAAAUUUAAAUAUGAGUCACACAACAGAACAAAAAAGGCAUUUUUUUAAAAUGAAAUGUUUUAUUACUAAAGGAGAAAACAAAUCCAACCUACAUGGCCCUAUUUUUCUUUGAGAUUAAUUGAUUAAUUGAACUCAAUCAGUCUGGAAAAGGCAUUAAAGCCAUUUCUAAAGCUUUGGAACUCCAGCGAACAGUGUCCACAAAUGGCGAAAACAUGUAACAGUGGUCAACCAACCCAGGAGUGGCUGGCCAACCAAAAUUACCCCAAGAGCGCAGCAACAACUCACCCAAAAGAUCACAAAGAUACCACAACAACAUCCAAGAACUGCAGGCUCAUUUGGCUCAGUUAAGGUCAGUGUUCAUGACUCCACCAAAAGAAAAACACUGGGCAAAAACAGCCUGCAUGGCAGAGUUCCGAGACAAAAACCACUACUGAACAAAAAGAAAAUCAAGGCUCGUCUCAAUUUUGCCAGAAAACAUCUUGAUGAUCCCCAAGACCUUUGGGAAAAUACUCUGAUGAGAUAAAAGUUUAACUUUUUGGAAAUUAAUACAGCAUUUCUGAAUAUCAGACCAACAGUAAAAUAUGGUGGAGGUGGUGUGAUGGUCUGGGGCUGUAUUGCUGAUAAAUGGAACCAUGAAUUCUGAUGUUGUGGCAUGACCUUAAAAAAUUCAUGCUGGAAAACCCUUGAAUGUGGUGGAGUUAUAACAAUUCUGCAAAGACGAAUGAGUCAAAAUUCCUCCACAGCGUUGUAGGAGACUCAUUGCAAGUUAUCGCAAACUCUUGAUUUAGUUGUUGCUGCUAAGGGUGGCCCAACCAGUUAUUAGGUUUAGGGGGCAAUCACUUUUUCGCACAGGGACAUUUUCGUUUGGAUUUUUUUCUCUCUUAAUUAUAAAGUGUUUCAGUCUGUUCUGUAAGAGAAAAACAGUUUACUUUGAUGUUCCUACCAUUAUGUUUAUGUCUAUGUCUGAGUAAAGAAUGUCAAUGAAUAAAUAUUGUGCUGAAAUGA